UCAACUUCACUUUAGUCACGAACGCCAUUGAGAACGAUCAUCGGAAGAUUUAUACCAAUCGAAAUCCGCAAGCCUAUGCUCAAUAUCGCAUCCUAAAGUGGUUAAAAUCGGUCUUAAAAUUGUGCUGAAACAUCCCUGAACGUGCUACCGUAUAUUUCGUGUAUUCGGAAAGUGUUUUCGGUUGUUAAUUUACGGUUUAAUAUCGCCUGGUUAAAUUUACCAAGAGCAAAAAUGAUGGAAAAAUAUAAGUCCUCAUCUUUGUACGACUAUUUGUAGCUGUAGUGGUGCACCCGAGUUUCCCUUGCUAGUGAAACGAUACGCAAUCGAUUGGUUGUGUGAGUGUGUGGAAAACGCAAAAGCCCCGAAUGUGUGCUAUCUCUCUCGCGCCGUGUUGACAAACUUGGCCAAUCGGGAAGUAUGCUUUGAUUGUGUGAGUUAAUUUGUUAUGACUCUGUGAAGGGCGAGAAAGACGGUGAAGUAAAAAUAGACCACCAGGGUGAGAAAUUGAGGUAAACCCAAAAUCGAACAAACGACGCGUUUGGGAUUGUUGCUUGAAACAGCGAAAUUUUUUUAACUGUUUCUAUAUAGCUUGUGUAUCGCAGUGUUAAAAGCAGACAAGAAGAAUAAUAAACUCAGAAACGUUAUUUGUGAUUUAAUCAUUGUUUUUGAUUACUGGAUAUCCAAGGAAUUAUUGUCCAGUUGAUAAAGUAGCGGUAAUUUGUUAAGUUACCGCCGGACUAGACCAGUAUUCAAUGUGCCCACAGAGAAUACAGAACAACAGUAAUCGCCGAAUCGUCAGUACCACGAUAUUAAAAAAGAGACUGAGUGUACACCCGAAGACCAUGUUCAGAAUCGCUCCCCGAGUUAACAACAGUCUGAUAAAGGAAAGGUCACCCAAGAUGGUCAAGUACUCAGCAGCUCUUCCGCAGGUCUUUAGCUUGUUGCCACACCAUCACAGCUGUUAAGCAGGGUCAGCUCCGUUUUGUGAAGAGCGUCAAACCUCUGUUGUACAUCAACAUAUUAGCUUAGUUUUGUAAGCUCAACGGCAUCGUUCGAGGGUGUUGAAAAUUGUUCAAAAUACGUUCAAAAUUGUAUAGGAUCGAUUACUCUGUCUAAACACAACCGUUACAUAAGAUUAACAAAGCAGUACUGAAACUAGAUACUGUUAGAAGAAAAACAAAUAUAUCAAUCACAUCAUCCCAUCCAAAUAAAUAAUCGAUAUGAAGCUCUUGGAAAGCACUAGCUUUGAGGCUAUCAAUAAUGCCCUGCAUAUGCAAACGGGCGAUGCGACCAUUCAUGGGCGCAUCGAAAGCUACAGCUGCAAGAUGGCUGGCAAUGAUAAGGCCCUGUACAAACGGUUCACUUCCGAGCAGGGUCCGGCUGAUUUGCAAGCCCUGUCUCCACCGCAAACGUUGCAGGAUUUGUCGCCCCAGCUAUUGCGUAGCUCCCUCUCAGGGGACGAAGGCGUCACCCUAUGCGACACUAUUUCGCGCAAGACGCUGUUCUAUUUGAUCGCAACGCUCAACUCAGCGUUUGAGCCGGAUUACGAUUUUAGCGAUGCCAAGAGUCACGAAUUCAGCAAGGAACCGUCGUUGCAGUGGGUCCUGAACUCGAUCGAGGGGAACCUGUCGGCGGUGGCCGGCGAGCAGUACCACAAAAUUCGUACCGCUCUCUGGUCCACCAUCGAGGACGAAAUUUCGCUGAACGACUGCGACAUCUACAGCUACAAUCCGGACCUGAAUUCCGACCCGUUCGGAGAGCCCGGUUGUCUGUGGUCAUUCAACUAUUUCUUCUACAACAAGAAGCUUAAGCGCAUCGUCUUCUUCACGUGCCGGGCCAUCAACUCGGUUUAUGCUGAUUCUGGAUUCAACAGCGAUUUCGCUAUGGAGGAUGAAGAAUGCUAUUAAACUACAAAGGACAACGAGACGGACGCGGUGCGUGGUAAUGUCUUAACAGUCCGAAAUACAGAUCAAACCUUAUUUUCAUGAAAGCAACGAUAAUUUCCACUUUGAUGCUUUUCGACUUCCUUUCGGGACAGAAAUCUUAACAGACAAUUAUCUAUCUACAGAGAAAUAGCACUUAAGGAAUCAGGUUUACUUUUCUUUUUUUUUUUUAACAAUGCAUACAUACUAAAAUCAUCUUAAUGCUAGGCAAACAAAUUUGUUUUUCUUCAAUGAAAAGUAAGGUCUUAUAAACGGUUUUCAAGUUUCGUUUCACGAUAAUUAGCAGAACUAGAAACACAGUUGAAGAAACCAAUAAAUAUAUCUACCGCAAAAAAUAUCUAAGAAAUAUUUUGAACAAUUUUUCGUAAACACCUCACAGCACCGCACCGUUACGUGAAGGCAGGUGAGAGCUGCGGUGUGAGAAUUCACGUAACAGUGAGUGCGCGAUGCUGGCAAUGCGUAGCCAACUGGUAAAGAAGCAUAUUAUAUAAACAACACAAUAACUGGAAGAGAAUUUUUGCUUAGAUUUUUAAGAAUGCUCUUAUAUUAACAAAGAUAUCAAUCAAUGUUCUAGAAUAAACUUAGAAAUAUGCUUGUACUCCAGACUGCAAAUGAAGUGAAAUUGAUAAUCCAACAAUUGAAUGUUGAAAUCUCUGAUUUGAUGAGACCAUUCUAUGGUCAAAAUGUGUUAUGAAGUAAAUGAAAAGAAAAAAUAUGCUAGGGUCAGUUACAUUUCAGAUUGCAGUCGCCAGUUGGUGAAAUUGCCCCUGAUUUUGUUUGUCAGUAAGUUGCUUUUCUGAUAACGAGGUUAAUUGGAGAACGUAUAGCCCUAAAUAUGAUCUAUCUAUUGGUCGAAUUUAGAAUAAAAAGCAAACUCUUUGAGUGAAUACCGAUAUUGAAAAGCUCUACUCCAGAAUAAGUAAAAUCAAACGAAAACGUAGUUCUGGAUUGGGUAUUCGCUGACAAACAUUAACAGUAUUCUAGUACACUCAGUGGGAUAGGGCGGUUCUCCUGGCAGUCGGAACAUUUCCGUGUUUUGCUACAGAACGUGUUUUCUGCCGGGUUCGCAAGUGAGAACUAUUUCUUUGACUGUACUCUGUGAUAUUAGCUCAUUAAGAAACAUUUAGCCAUGUAAGACAUAACCAACAUCAUAUUCUGGUAACGUUUAUUUUUCCGGAGAUCUUUUUUGCCUUGCAAUAUAUUUUUGUUAUAUGUAGGUUUUUUAUACUUUUUUCAGUAGCUCCAUUUUUUUAACCGCACAUAGUGAACCACUAUUUGAAAAAAGAAGCAAAACUAGUAAAGUGUAAACUUGUCAAAGUACAAACAAUUUUCGGAUAGAAGAACAAAAGAAAAUCAUGAAGCAAAAGAUAAUUAAUAAUAAUUCGAUAGAUGGACAACAUUUUUUGGAUGGUUCACUCUAAAACUCCUAAAUAAAAACAAAAAUUAAUACUUUCACAUAUGAUUUAUUUUAUAGAAGUUUGUACCUGUGUUUCCAGCCAAUUUUUAGUUUCCUUGUAACAAUUUCUUAGUUGAAGAGUAAAUUAAACAUCCGUACAACCACAAACUUUGUUUUUCAUAAACAAGUUAUCCCAGUAGAAAGUUACAUAAUAGUUCUAACAAACAAUUUCUUAUGGUUAAUUUUGCACAUAUCUUGAGAGUACGAUUUACAAUCACAGUAUACAUUUUCGUUACUCACUAUCGAUCUUUUCCUGUUCCAUAUGAACUUUUGAGUUAUGAAUGAACCAAACAGUCAGCUUUCACCAAUUGAUGGUCGAUCACAUGUGAGCACAUGUUCGCGUAUGACAUAGUUAAGUGAAACAUAUUUACAACAUAAUAUCGUCGAUUAUGAUCUCAGCUCAAACUAUCGAUCACUCUUUUUGGUGGCUGUCCGGACAGUCACGAGUAAAAUAGGGCAACAAGCAAAGCCAUUUUCUAGUGAUACACAAAAACUGACUGACUGAUAAGCUGGGUUCUGUGGGUACCUUCACAGCGCUUAUCAGUUGUUUUUUUGUUCAAGCUCUUUAUUUUAAAUUUUGUGUGAUCACGUUAAUCACAGAUGCGUCGGUUUAUUUACCUCUGACACUAAAAAUAACACACAGUUUUUUUCUGUACUUCUCAAGGUAUGUACAAAACAGGACACCUUAUGAAAUUUAACUUUUGCGAGCUAACUCAUCCACAUUCAAUGAUAAAAGUAUGUUUUAAUAAAUUUUCCCGUUGAAAUCCCUCUGGACGGCGAGGGCUACGGCAGUUAAAUGAUUAGAUGCAGCAUAUAAUAGAAACACUCGUAUAUGUAUUACUCGUUAGCGGUAAAUUUGGAUGAUAAAUGAAGCAAAUCAUUGAACACAACAUAUGAAGUAUGAUGCUAUUUUAACGUUUUCUUAAUGUUUGUUUUUGGAUUAGGAAUUUGCUCUUCUGAACUACAUAAACUUAACUAUCUUAAAAUACUGUAGCUAUUAAAACCAUUGAAAAAUAUAA